CACACACACACACACACACUGUGGUGAUGUCUGAGGCGGAGGGGUGUGUGUCGGUGUGGGAGUGGCUGUGUGUGCUGCAUCUGGACCAGUAUCUCCCAGUGUUCCAGGACGCAGGGUUUGGAACGUUGUUGGAAUGCCAAGGGCUGACCCAGGUUCAGCUGGAGACGAUUGGAAUCACAUUGCCUGGACACCGCAAACGCAUCCUAGCCAGCCUGCAAAAAACACUCCACACAAACACUCACACACACCCAGAGAGAGAGCACAAUGCUCUACACACACACCUGGCUGCAGAGGGAGACCAGAGAGAGGAAGAGAGAGCAGUGUUCACAGACAGACCCAGCCCUGUGAGGAGUGAGAGACCAGUCCCUGCACAGAGACCAGUGUCCAGAGGAGAGAGACCAGUCCCUGCACAGAGACCAGUACCUAAGGAGAGAUCAGUGUCCAGGGAAGGAGAGAGGGAUGGAGAGAGACUGAGACCAGUCCCUAAGGAGAGGACUAAGUACCGCUCUGUCCCUGUAGAGACAUUGGCCUGUGUCCAGACUUACCCUCGUCCCAACACUACCCCCUGCCCUACCACCCCCCAUUCUAGUGCCCAGGACUCCCCUUUACCCCCCAUCCCACCUCGCAGCACCCCAAACUGCCCCCCACUUCGCUUCAUCCCCACCUCCCCUAAAAGCUCCCCCACGUCACCCAAACCCAGAUCUGAACAUAACUUAAACAGCCCAACCACUGUACCUCCUCCUAGCCUUACCACCAAUCCUCUCACCUUACCCUCCCCCAGGCCCUGUCCUGCACCUCUGGCUAUCUACCCACCAGCCAGACACCCCCAGCAGGUGUGGGAGGGAGGAAGAAAGCCCUCCCCUGGUUCCCCCUCUUCCUCACCCUCCUCUUCCUCCUCAUUUGAACGAUAUGACCAGUCAUCAUCUGAUCAAGGCGUGCCUCCCCUCCCCCCUAAAGUCUACGUUGUGGGGGCGGGCCCUAAAGAGCCUCACAGUCCUGCUCCAAUCCCACAUCGACCUCCUGUCUUGCCCUCCAGAACCACACCCACACAGAGCGAUGCUCCCGUCGAUGAGCCGCACACGGACCUAACUCCACCACCCCCGCCUCGGACCAGGGUACCCAACACGCCAGUCGACACGCAGCCUGCUCUGCCCAUGAGAAGGAUCCCCCAGCCACCGCCUGAAAUCAGGUCAGGUGACAGUUCAGAUGACUAUGAAGAUCCAGACCAAGUCUACUCCAAGCCCCAGUCUGUGAACAUGGCAGACAGAGAUGUGUUCCUGCCAGUGCCGGGGUGGGGGAAGGGACGGUACAACUCUCUCUGCAGCGACGAUGAACUAUUGGACGAUGACAACGAGCCAAUCAGCAGCCAUCGGAGCUCGUGGCAGGACUAUGGUCUGAGUACGCUCCAGGGUAGUGUCUACCUGCCGGUCAGAGGCAGGGUCCUAGCCCCGCCCCCUAGAGAUUGCCCCUCCCCUGAACCCUGCCCUGUUCUAAAGAUUGGCUGGCUGGAUAAGAACCCAACCCAGGGGUCUCUGUACUACCAGAGGAGAUGGGUGAAGCUGGAUGUUGACUACCUGAGAUACUUUGACAACGAUAAGGAGGUAUACUCUAAGAGGAUCAUACCAACAGCUGCCAUUACGGGGGUGACCAACGUGGGGGAGCAGAAGUUUGAGGUGGUCACAGCCAACCGAACCUUUCUCUUCAAAGCCGAGAGCGACUCUGAGAGGAAUGAGUGGGUAGCAGUGCUGCAGAACUUCACUAGGGGGCGCCAGGAAGGCAGCAGGGAGAUGACCUCAUUGGUCCCGCCCUCCUUUCUGACCCCUGGUUCACCCCUGACCCCUGAACUACAGGGCUACCUGGAGCUGAGGGGCCUGCGCUCCAAACUCUACACAGUCGUCUCUGGAGACAAGGUCUUCCUCUACAAGAACAUGGAGGACUACCGCCUUGGCAUCGGUAUCACGUCUAUCGACAUGAAUGUAGGAAACGUGAAAGUCACUGACCGCCGCAGCUUUGAUCUGACCACACCCUACCGCAUCUUCAGUUUUCUAGCGGAUUCGGAACAACAUAAAGAGCAGUGGGUAGAAGCGAUGCGUGACGCGAUUGGAGAAGCUCUGUCCAAUAGCGAGGUGGCUAAUCAAAUCUGGGCGGAGCCUAGCAACAGUUGCUGUGCCGACUGUGGCGCCGACAAACCUGAGUGGGCUGCCAUCAACCUGUGUGUGGUGGUCUGCAAACGCUGUGCAGGAGAGCAUCGGGGAUUGGGCCCCAGCAUCUCUAAGGUGCGCAGUCUGAAGAUGGACAGGAAGGUGUGGACAGAGGAGCUUAUACAGGUGUUCCUGUUGCUUGGAAACGAGCGUCUGAACAGGUUCUGGGCGGCGAACAUCCCUCCCAGCGAGGCGCUGAGUCCGACCAGCUGCAGCGAAGACCGCCGACGAUUCAUCAGCUCCAAAUACAGACAGGGAAAAUACCGCAAAUACCACCCCCUCUACGGCAACCAGAGAGAGCUCAACAACGCCCUGUGUAUAAACGUGCAGUGCAGUGAUGUGCUGGAGACGUUGUGUCUGGUGUUCUGUGGAGCUGAUGUGAACUGUUCUACUGGCCAGGCUGACUGUCCCUCCCCCCUCUCCCUGGCACUCUCACACAACCAGAAACUACAGGCCCAGUUCCUCUCACACAAUCUCAACACAGAGCUGCCUCGGUCGGAGGUGACUGGGGUCAUGGAGCCUCAACACUAUUCACCACAGCACCCCGUCACUCACAAUGGCUUCCUUUUCAAGACCGCCUCCAUGGUCCGGCCUAUUACGGAGCGCAAGGCCAGGGAGGAGUUCAGUCGUCGCUGGUGCAUGUUAAAUGAUGGGAACUUUAGUUACUACGAGAGUGACAAGACCUCCACGCCCAACGGUGCCCUGAAGUCUACAGAGAUAGUCUGUCUGUCUGUCAACACACCAGAGAGACAUGGCUAUGACCACACGUUUGAGCUGUACUCUGACUCAGAGCGUCUCUAUCUGUUUGGAACUGACGACCAAGACAGCCACAAGGAGUGGGUCAAAUCCAUCACCAAGAUGUUUAUUCCGUCCAAUGCAGAGGCUCUGUUGAGACUGAGCUUUGAGCGGAUUGGCCGGCUAAAGUACAAGGACGGGUUGAACCUACAGAGCCCUCGGGUUGGCUGGUUCGCGCUGGUUGGCUCCUCCCUCCAUGCCUACCUCGAGGACAGUGAGGAAGAGGAGGAGAUACACCUACGCAAACUACAGGAGCUCUCGAUCCAGCAGGAGAAUGAGGUGCUGGUUCUGGUGGAGAGAGGCAGGACUCUGUACAUCGAGGGGGAGAGGAAGCUUGACUUCCAGGGUUGGUGUGUGUCCAUGCAGAGAGCAGCAGGCAGUGCAGGAGACUCUCUUAGUCAACAGCAACUAACUGAGACUGACAUCCCUGUUGUAGUGGACCGCUGCAUUGACUACAUCACACAGUGUGGUCUGACGUCUGAGGGUAUCUACCGUAAGAGCGGAGUGAACAGUCGCGUGGCGGCGCUGUGCGAGGCGUUUCGGCGUGAUGCUCGUAGUGUGCGUCUAAAGGAGGGGGAGCACCAGGUGGACGACGUGUCUAACACACUGAAACGCUUCUUCAGAGAGUCUGGAGAGGGACUGUUCACCACACAGGCUGCUAGCGCAUGGCUCAGCACACCUGUGGUCCCAGAGGAGAGCAACAAGAUCUCUCAGUACCAGCUGCUGCUGAGCCGCCUGCCCAGAGUCAACAAGGCCACGCUACGAGCCCUGGUCAACCACCUCUACUGUGUGCAGCGGUUUGCAGAGCUGAACCAGAUGAAUCUCCAUAACCUGGCUAUAGUAUUUGGCCCAACACUGUUCCAGACCGACGGGAAGGACUACACAGCUGGCCGCGUCGUAGAGGAACUCAUAGAGCACUACACGGACGUCUUUGAGGUGGAUGAGCAGCAGCUGAAAAGGCAGCUGGAUGAGAUCACGGUCAUCAUUAAAGUUAGAGAGAAGUUGAACCUCAACUCCAGCGUUCCUGCGUCGGGGUCAGCAGGUGACUUCAUCUGUACAGUGUACCUGGAGGAGAAGAAGGAGACGGCAGAGCAGCAUGUCAAGAUCCCUGGUUCUAUGACGGCAGCAGAGCUAACCUGUGAGAUUCUGGACCGGCGGAAGAUCCAGGUCAGAGAGAAAGACUACUGGAGCUGCUGGGAGGUCAGCCAGAAGGAGGAGAUGGAGCGUCCGUUGCAUCAUCUGGAGCGUGUGUUACCCAUCCUACACUCUCUGGGUACCGACUCCCACCUGCUGGUCAAGAAACACCUGGCCAUGGAGGCCAUACUCGUCUACCUGGCCAGUAAAGUGGAUGUGUCCAAGCACGGGAUGGUGAAGUUCCGGGAAGAGAGGAGCAUUCUGGGAUUGGGACUGAACACCGGCAGCUUCCACGACCGCUACUUCAUCCUAAACACUGUCUCCCUCAGGAUGUACAAGGAAGUGCGGAGUAAUCGUCCAGAGAGGGAGUGGCAGGUGAAGAAUCUGAGGGUCUAUCUAGGCAUCAAGAAGAAACUACGACCACCCACCUGUUGGGGUCUGACUGUGAUCUAUAAAAGUGAAAAACAGGAGAAGCCAGAGAAGCAGCAAUGGUGAGUCCCUGAAUGUCUGUGUCCUCUGUCUGUGUCCUCUGUCUGUGUCCUCUGUCUGUGUCCUCUGUCUGU